UCAGAACGCUUGAUUCUUUGCUUAUUUUAUACAUUAAUUUAUAUCUGCUAUUUUCUAGCUAUUAGUUGAAUUUUUAGUUAUUGUGGUAUUGAGCACAGGAUCUUGCUAUACAGUGGACAUUCUUGAUAAUCACUCAUGUGUGGAGAACUCCAUGAAGAAUUUCUGCCCUGUUUGUUAUGAGUAUCUUCUUGACUCGAUCAAAGCCACCAAAAUUUUGAAGUGUGGACACACAAUGCAUAGGGACUGCUUUAAUGACAUGAAAAAACAGAAUAUGUAUCGAUGUCCUAUAUGCUCCAAGACAAUGCGUGAUAUAUCUGUUUUCUGGAAAUUGUUAGAUGAGGAGAUAGAAGCUACUGUCAUGCCCGAGGAAUACCGAUACGAUGUUUCAAUUCUUUGCAAUGAUUGCAACAAUACUGGCAAAGCUUGCUUUCACAUUUUAGGGCACAAGUGCCAUUACUGCAAUUCAUACAACACUCGCAGGCUUUCAGCACCAGACAAUUGAUGAGAUGUCAGCUGACUAAAAAAGUUGAUUACCAAACAAUAUACAUUAGGCUAUCAUACACCUUAGAACUUUUGACAGAUCUGCCGAUUGUUUCAGUGAAAAAUUCCUCUAUAGUAAGUGCUUUUGUUUUAUGCAAGUUAUACUAAGGCAAUGUUAUGCUUUGUAAUGUUAAACGGUUUCAAAUUUUCAGUUUUUUCUUUUCCACAUGACAUACAUGAGUGAGAGAAGUACUACAGUCAUAAAAAGACCUUACAAAAUGACAUGAUUUCUUAUGAUAUGUUAAUACUUUACAAUAAAAGUAUCUUUAUAAUCU